UAUUUCUGCAAUCUCCCCCAUUUUCACCGAGUAGUGGACCCGAUAGAGCGCCGCCCUCGCUUGGUUCCGCGUCUCCGAUGCAAGAGCCGGGUAGGGGAGUGACGGCACGCAUACAAGAAAAUUCCUUUAUUUGUAAGGAAAAGAAAAGGCGCUUUAAUUUCUCUCCCGUCGCUCGCAUAGCACAGUUCCGCUUUCACUUUCCCGGUCGAUUCCACUCGCUUCGGUUGCUUUUGCAGGAGAAUUUUGGCGGCUUCUGUGGCCUUCUCCUCUGGAAAAACUCGAUCGUCGUGCCUCAGCGUCCAUUCGAGCGGGGUGAUGAAAAACAGGAUUUUGAUUUGUUUUACUUAGCCGCGCUGGUGUUGGAGAAUCUCGAUCUUCAGAGGAUUUGGGUGAUGGAUGCAGUCGUUGCCGUUGCUCGUAAGCGACAUCAGUACAUCUGGAGGCGCAAGUCAGGGAUCACGGAUCAUCUUGGCUCUUUCUCGCCUUCGUCUAACUCCAUGACCAGGAAGAAUAUGUCUGUCACAGUUGGUGGCCGCUCGGAAGCCAAAACUGCUUCCACUACGCCGCAAACGCCAAAGAGAGGCAGGAAGAGCAGAGCGAUUUGGAUAAAACGCAAAGCUGCUCCUUUCUCCGAGCUUUGGGCUGGACCUGCCUACGCAAUCUCGCCUCCACCGAGCUCUUUGCCGAUUCCUAACUUCUCCCUCGGAGAGAGGCGCAGUUCCAGCUUUGCUCUUCAACCUCUGUUGAAAUCAGCUCCUAGAGAGCCGACGUCCUCUGUCAGCGGCUUCCCUUCUUGUCACAACGACGCUGCUACGGAGAACUUGAGAAGGAUUCUCAACUUGGAUAUUGUCGAUGACCAAGAGGAAGUAUGCAGAGCUGAAGAAGUUUUGACUUGUUGCGGUGGUGCUUAAUGGCUCUAAGGGUGGACUGAACUGUCUUUGUAUGCAUCGAUAAGAUUUUCAUAUGGGCGAAUAAAUCUAUUGGAGUAUGCAAUGUCGA